AUGCCUGCCCGCGUCACUCUGCGGGCAGAAGACGCACGUCGGGGUGCGGCUCCUUCAUCGCGAGGCUGCUCCUGGUUCUGUCACUCUCUCCUAGUGGAGGAACCCGCGAGCCCCAGCGUCUGCCAGGCGGCGGUGGCAACAAUGCAUGGAACUUCACGCACUCCGGCCACCAGCGUGAACGCUGACUGCUGUAUCCCGGCUGGCUUGCGCCUGGGGCCCGUGCCUGGCACCUUCAAGUUGGGCAAGUACCUGUCAGAUCGCAGGGAGCCAGGGCCCAAGAAAAAGGUGCGCAUGGUGAGAGGGGAGCUGGUGGACGAGUCAGGGGGCUCCCCUCUGGAGUGGAUAGGGUUAAUCCGUGCAGCCAGGAACCCCCAGGAACAGACGCUGGAAGCUGUUGCAGACUUACCAGGAGGACAGAUCUUCUAUCGAGCAUUACGAGAUGUCCAGCCAGGGGAAGAGCUGACUGUGUGGUAUUCUAACUCUUUGGCUCAGUGGUUUGACAUCCCCACAACUGCGACUCCGACUCAUGAUGAGAAAGGAGAGGAGCGCUACAUUUGCUGGUACUGCUGGAGGACGUUUAGAUACCCUAACAGUCUCAAGGCACACCUACGUUUUCACUGCGUGCUCAGCGGCGGCGGCGGCCGCGCCUUCCUGCAUCAGGAGCACGCGGCCAGACCCGGCGUUGGCCCGGCCGCAGAAGCCCUUGGCCUCCCUCCGAAACCCACCGCCCCGGACUUGACCGCGCCCCUCCAGGCAGGCUCUUUGAGGCCCCAAGCACAGGUCCCUCAACUCGCCCAGGCUUGCGGAGCACGGGAGAGCAUCAAGCGCGAGGUUUCCCUAGCGCCCCCGGCCACUUCACCGUCCCCGGGCAAGUGGGGAACUCCCAGGAAGAGCAAGGAGCAUCCAGAUCGCACCCUGGAUGUGAGCGGAGUAGCCCGAGCACACAGUCACUUCCUGGGCAUCGUGGGCGGCUCCGCUCCUGCACCCGGGCUCCCCCUGGAGCGUUGCGCGCUGCCGCCCCUCGACGCCGCCGCGGGCGGGCUCAAAGCCUACUCCAGCGGCGAGUGCAGCCCCCUGCCCGCCGUCAUGCCGGCCUUCACGGUGUACAGCGGAGACCUGCUCUACGGCCCCCCUGCCGCCUAUUACCCGCUCAAGCUGCACUUGGGCGGGCUUCUCAAAUAUCCCGAGUCCAUCUCCUAUUUGAGCGGGCCCGCGGCGGCCGCGGCGAUCGGCCCGGCGGAGCUGGGCUCCCUGGCCAGUAUCGACCGCGAGAUCGCCAUGCACACGCAGCAGCUUUCCGAGAUGGCGGCCGGCAAGGGUCGCACCCGCCUGGACUCGGGGACUCUGCCUCCGGCCGUAGUGGCAGCGACAGGCAGCGGCGGCGGGGGCGCAGCAGGCAAGCCCAAGACGGGCCACUUGUGCCUCUACUGCGGCAAGCUGUACUCGCGCAAGUACGGGCUCAAGAUCCACAUGCGGACGCACACGGGAUACAAGCCGCUCAAAUGCAAAGUGUGCUUGCGGCCCUUCGGCGACCCUAGCAAUCUCAACAAGCACAUCCGACUGCACGCGGAGGGCAACACGCCCUAUCGCUGCGAGUUCUGCGGCAAGGUGUUGGUGCGCCGCCGGGAUCUGGAGCGUCACGUCAAAUCCCGCCACCCGGGCCAGAGCCUGAUCGCCAAGGCGGGCGACGGCCCGGGCGCGGAGCCGGGCUAUGCCCUGGAGCCUGGGGAUCCCAAGAGCGAGGACAGUGAUGUGGACGUCUGCUUCACCGACGACCAGAGCGACCCUGAGGCUGGGGGCCGAGGCGAGCGCGACUCCUAA